CAACAACACUGUUACCACUUUUUCUUCCUUUUUGUCGUGAUUUGUUUACGCUAGUCGCGCUUUUAGAGCACGUGGCGGAGUUUUCUGUUGUAAAAUGAAGCCGAAAACAACACCGCAGCAAAAGCUAGACGAAACUACUGUCAAAAAAGUCGCUGCCGAUCAGCCAGUAAAAACGAACCCCAAGAAGAAGCAAAAUCGGCGCUCAAAGACCAAACGCAAGGUUGAAGAGGAGUACCUUGGGCCCAAAGGCGUCAUAUACAUCAAGCAUAUCCCUCAUGGAUUUUAUGAAGAAGAAAUGCGAAAGUUCUUUUCUCAGUUUGGUAUAGUAACAAACCUGCGGUUGUCACGAAGUGGCAAGACCGGAAGAAGUAGAGGCUAUGCAUUUGUGGAAUUUGCAUCCGAAGAUGUUGCAAAGAUUGUAGCUGAAACAAUGGAUGGCUACCUCUUUUUCAAUAAACUUCUGCGAUGUUAUGUCAUGCCCAAAGAAAAAGUACAUCCAGGACUGUUUAAAGAUUUUCGCUAUCCUUUCCCACUCCGGAAAGAAAUAGUGCGCAGUGUCAACAACAGGAAGAGGACUCUCGAGGAAGACCAGAAGAGCGCUCGAAGACGUAUCGAGAAGUUGAAGAAAACCCAGAAGAAACUGAAAAAAAUGGGUCUCAGUUAUGACUUUCAGCCACAAAUAUUCGAUGAGCAGAAUCCCUCCAAAUCCCAGAAUACAGUGGCCAUCACCUCGCCUGCUAAUGGAAUGGACGAAGCUGCCUUCACUGUUGUGGGAGGGUGCCUGAGUGCUUGCUGGCACCUAAAGAAAAUCCCAGUGUUCCUGAGACUCCAAAAGACAGCUCACAAUACAAGCUGAUAGUGGACACAAGUGAUGCAGACAUUUCGUUUAAGACUCCACCCGGAGCAAUAAGAGUCAUGAAACCUAAAAAGGCCAAGACUUCAACCCCUGCUUUAGUGGACAUUACUUCCACUGUGAAAACUGCUCGCAAGUCUCCUCGUUUGUCUCCAGUAAAGAAGCGGAGAUCACUUACACAGAAACGUAAAUGAAGGUUGUCUUACUGUG